AUGUCAGAUCAUAAUCGGAAUCCCAAGAGAACAAAGAAUUUGUUGUCUUUUUUUAAGAAAAAGAAUGAUGAGUCAUCAUCUAAUACAUUGCCUUCUAGCACUUCUUCAUCUACUCCAAUAUGUGAUGAGCAAAAUCUUCCGGAUUCUCCCAUUAUUGAGCCUCCAAUUGAAAGAGUUGAAUUUCAAAGAAUCGAUGAUGAUCAUGAUUUUAAUAUCAAUUAUCUUGAGCGUGAUCCAGGAUUACGUUAUCUAAUAUGCAAAUAUCCGGUUAAUGGACAAGAUAAUGUGUGA